AUUAAAGUUGUCGGGAGAAGUCGUUUAUGAUAAGCGUGUGGAGGUUGGAAAAACGGUUCUCUCCGUUCCGUCAGUAAACGCAUCGAGAGGCGCGAAUGCGUAAAGACUGAUACGCGACUGUGCAGUACUCUGCCGGACGUGGGUAGACUCGAGUGACUACGCACGCGCGUUUCUUCAAUAUCGUUGGGACCAACGCGAUCUCGAUCUUCCCUUCUUUCGACCCGUUCGAUGACUCGCCUUUCGUGUUGCCGUUAACUCGAUCUUACCUUCCGAUUCGACAGUGUUCACUCGUUAGCGAGGAAACCUCUCGUUCUACGAUUUAGUAACUGUCCAAGAUAAGGACACGUUCGCACGCGUUAAAAUCCAUUCGAACGAAUAUCGUGCAAACGAAGACGCGUGGUGCUGUGCCGUGCUGCCAUCGUGCCGGUUCAUUGCUAUGCUGAAACGAAAUGAAAACUACACUUUACUCGCACUUGGUUCGAUCGACGGUCGUGUGUCGUGAGCUUCGUGGCAUUGAAACGUCCUUUUUAUCGUAAAUGCGCAUUCGAUUUUAACACAGUACCUUACCUUUGGAUCCAUCUAACGCGAUAAGAGAAUUAUAUCAAAUGCGAAUCGUGAAUUUUUACGAAAUAGAAAUAUCCGGAAAGGUGAUUCAGCGAGAGGAACUUUGAUGAAUCGCGCGAUUGAAGCGCAUCGUUACCGUUACCGUAAAGUAGAAGGGACUUGAAUCUUUGGUUUCUCCAACCACUUUAUCGAUGAUCACGGAUUGGCUGGACACAUGGUUCGGCCGACCAAAAAAAUCCGGGCGUGGAGUUGGGGUCAGAAGUGGUUCGGGAAACAACACCAUACCACGACCCCAUUCCGGCGAUGAUUUCAAUGAAAUCGAGCAGCAACGUUGUAUCAUCGAAAGGAUGGACAAAGAGACGGUGAACGACAAGUUCGAGGAGAUGUUGGCGAACAUGAAUCUGUCCGAGGAAAAAAAAGAGCCUUUGCGGCAGCAGUCGGAAACGAAGAAAAAGGAGAUGCUUAUUUUGCAUUACAAAGGUAGCAUACAGGAGAAUAGGUCAAAGUUCGAUAAACCAGCGGAUUACAUACAGUAUUUAGCGCAACCCGACUUAAGUGUCAACAAAAUCUACAAUUGCAUCGAAUCGUUAAGAAUAGCAUUGACGAACAAUCCCCUGAGUUGGGUUCAAGAAUUCGGUACGAAGGGAUUGAAACAGGUUUUAGCAACGCUGAACGAGUGCUAUCGGAAUGCCUUCAUAUAUUACGAUAGUGACAACCGAUACGAGCGUAUACAAUACGAAUGCAUCCGAUGUUUGAAGGCUAUUAUGAAUAACACCGUUGGCAUAAAGGAGAUGUUAGCUCAUCACGAAGCACUUACGAUCGUAGCUAGAUCAUUGGAACCUGCCAAACCAUCCGUUAUGUCGGAAGCUGUGAAGCUGCUUGGCGCCGUUUGUCUUAUUUCCAGCGACAGCCACAAAAAGGUUUUAGACGCGAUCACUAUGAACGGAGAAUUUAAGGGGCGAGAAAGAUUUUUACCGAUUGUGCAAGGCCUAAUGAAUAAGAAAAAUGAAAACUUACGGGUGGAAUGUCUUCAACUCAUAAAUUCCAUCAUUUCUUCGGCCGAAGAAUUGGAUUUUAGAUUGCAUUUGCGAAAUGAAAUUAUGCGGGUUGGCUUGGCCGAUAUUUUGGAGACAUUAGAAAAAAACGAAUCCGAGGAUCUAGCCAGACAUCUCAAGAUUUUCAAUGAUCACAAGGAGGAAGAUUAUGAAGAAUUUGUGCAAAGAUUCGAUCACGUACGAUUAGAAUUGGACGAUGUGAACGAUUGUUUCGAAGUAAUUAAAAAUAUGGUGAUGGAAACGUCCGCCGAACCGUAUUUUUUAUCGAUACUUCAACAUCUUUUAUUCGUCAGAGACGAUGCUUUGGUGAGGCCGGCCUACUAUAAAUUGAUAGAAGAAUGCGUAUCGCAAAUAGUGUUGCACCGUUCAGGCUGUGAUCCGGAUUUUAGUGCGACCAAGCGCUUUCAAGUCGACGUACAACCGCUAAUCGAUACGUUGGUCGAAAAAUCGCGAGCGGAGGAAGAAAUACGAUUACUCGAAAUGUCGCAAAAGUUGGAAGAGGCUAUAGCUAGCAAACAAGAAGCAGAGGCGAAACUUCAGCACGCGGAAAACAAAAUUAGAGAAUUGGAACAAGGAGGGACGAGAUCGAGCGGUAGUAACGCUAAAGUUGGAACGUGUCCAGCUCCACCCGGUCUGGUUGGAAUCACUGGUCCUCCACCACCGCCACCGCCUCCGCUUCCGAAUGCGAAUGGACCGGGAACGGGGAUGCCACCACCACCGCCGCCACCUCUACCAGGUUUCGGUGGUCCUCGGCCACCUCCGCCACCGCUUCCCGGAUUUGCUGGUCCUCCGCCUCCUCCUAUGCCUGGUACGCAACCUGGACCUAUACCUCCACCGAUGCCAGGAUUAGGUCCAGUACCUCCACCAAUGAUGCCUGGAAUUAUACCGGGCAUGAUGAACGUACAGCAAUCGCUUCCGUUAGGACUAAAACCGAAGAAAAAAUGGGAAGUCGAUGCGCCAUUGAAGAGAGCAAACUGGAAAGCAAUUCUGCCGCACAAACUUACCGAGAAAUCAUUUUGGACAAAAGUACAAGAGGAUAGGUUGGCCAAUCCCGAGAUAUUGGACGGUUUAGCCCAAAAGUUUGCAUCGAAACCGAGUGGAAAGAAAAUCGAUGAUGUCGUGGACAAGUCAGCUGCGUCGAAGAAGGUGAAAGACCUAAAGGUUCUGGAUGGCAAAGCUGCGCAAAAUAUCCUUAUUCUUCUUAACGGUACUUUAAAGCAUAUGUCGUACGAAGAGGUGAAAUCUUGUUUACUCAAAUGUAAAGGACCUGUCGUCUCGGACAAUAUACUUCAAGGAUUGAUACAGUAUUUACCGCCACCCGACCAACUAUCGAAACUGCAACUUUACAAAGAUCAGUACGACGAUUUGACGGAAGCCGAACAGUUUUGCAUUACCGUAUCGACGAUCAAGAGGUUGUUGCCAAGGCUGAGAUCGUUGAGCUUCAUGUUACGAUACGAAGAAUUGGUGCAAGACGUGAAACCGGACAUAGUAGCGGGUACAGCCGCUUGCGAGGAAGUAAAGGGUAGCAAAAAAUUUGCCCGAAUUCUCGAGUUAAUUCUAUUGCUUGGCAACUACAUGAAUUCCGGUUCGAAACAUGGCCAAGCUUUUGGAUUCGAAAUCAGUUUUCUUACCAAGUUGACCAGCACGAAGGAUGUCGAUAACAAACAGACUCUGAUGCACUAUUUAGUUGACACGAUCGAAAGGCAAUUUCCGGAGUGUCUGAACUUUGCAGAAGAAUUGGCACACGUGGACAGAGCGAGCCGUGUUUCCCUAGAGAACGUGCAAAGAACAUUACGACAGAUGGAUAGCAAUAUUCGAAAUCUCGAGCAAGAUUUAUCGAAUGCCAAAAUCCCACAAUCCGACGAAGACUUGUUUUUGAAUGUCAUGGGUCCGUUUGCGAAGAAAGCCCGUGAAUCUUAUGAAGUUCUGCAGAAUAUGUUCAAAAAUAUGGACAGCUUGUAUACCGAAAUCUCGGAAUUCUUUUCCUUCGAUAAGCAGAAGUACACGAUAGAAGAAUUUUUUGGGGAUAUAAAAACGUUUAAAGACGACUUCAUGCAAGCUCAAAAGGAGAUAAUAAAGCUUAGGGAAGGAGAAGAGAAGCAGAGGAGAGCAAGAGAGGCGCGAGAAAAAGCAGAGGCGGAGAAAGCGGCACGAGCAGCGCGGAAACGAGCGCUCGUCGACAUGAACGCGCACGAGACGCAGGAAGGCGUUAUGGACAGCUUAAUGGAGGCUCUUCAAACUGGUUCCGCGUUCAGUCGACCGGAUCAACGACGCAAACGUCAAACACGCGCCGCUGGUGGUAAGUUCUAUAGGACUGCAUACGCUUCGACGAAAUCUACGAAGAAGGAGAAACUGUUGCUCGCUAAGUUGUACGAACCGGGAGAAAUCGAGCGACACGCGGUUAAACAAAGUCGAAAUAAAGCCGCGCGAUACGCAACCUCGCUACCUCGUGAUCCAUUCAUGAUUUCAGAGAAUUCUGAUCUCGCUCGGUAUACGACACCGGAAGAAAAUCAACAUCUCUAUAAGCGUUUGUUAAUCGAUCGUGCUACGAAAACGCCCAAGCACGAGAAAUAUCUGUCUAGGGUGAGCUCGUUUAAGAGAAAGAAGCAAAGCGAAAUCGCGUGCAAGAAAACACGUUUCGACCGAUCGAUGAUCGAAGAAACACCGAAAAGGGACAUUUCUAUAAGAAUGUCUGAAAAUUUCGAUGAAACGUCGAAUUCAUCGAGCGGCUACAUCAGACGUGUCGGGUCUGUAGCUACUGUCGCGUCGACCACGUCUUACGGGUUUGUGAUAGACGAGCUGAAGAAACGUGCGACGACGACAACGCGCGUCGUUAGAUCUCGAGCGUCGAACAAUUUGUCUCGAUGUUUAAGCUUACAUUCACCCUCUCUCCAUCGGACAGUCUUGAUAGGUGAAGCUCGGCUGAAGUUUAGCCCGGUUAAACGGAAGCGGGUGAUAGUAAGUAAGAAACGUAAGAGAAACAGCAUCGUGCGUCGUACCGUUAAGAAUCGUAGACUGAAACAUUCGAAAUCUGCCGGCGGUAAAAGAGCAAGAAGGCCGUUCGGUUACUUGGGCAGCCCGACGAGCGGAAGCGUUUCGUUAAUCGAGAAUCAUUCCAUUUGCUGUGUCUCCGAUACCGUGUCCGAUAGAAUAUCGAAAUCCAUGGAUGAUGUCGCGACGAGAAUAGAGGAAAGUAUCUCGAGCCCGUUACAGUUGAUUCGAACGAGAAAUUUCAACGACAUUGCUCGUUGGAAGGACGAGAACGAAAACGAUAUGUCCGUACAGUGUUCGAACAGUCAACUUCCAGCUUUGAAAUCUCUCUCUGGUUCGCCAAUCGGAACUUGCAACGAGAAUGCGAUCGAACCGGAUCAGCUUGUUUUUCAAUUCGCCCAAUCCACCGCACUCGAGACUCGAGAUCGAUUAGGAUUCACGCAUAACGCGUUACAGUUUUCUUCAACUUUCGGGCGCAAGAAGGAUGCGUCAUCGACGUUAUCGAGCAAACGAGACUGUAACGAUACGCUGUCGAUCGCUGCCGGACACGGACAAUCGCUUUCAACGCUUUCAAAGAGGAAACAUCGAAAAAGAAUUUGGAAAUUUUGGUAAACGAUUUAUCGCGCGUUUGCAUCGUCGAUAUCGUCUUUGACGUUGUACCUUCCAACUUGACACCACCAUAUUACCAUGCUACGAUUACUUCGUUCUUGUACACGUCAUCAUCGUACAUACAUAUAUACAUACAUCUUUUAUAUCGCGAGAAGACUGAAUCUCGUCUCAUCUCGUCUCAUCUCGUCUC